CGGGCGGCUGGACUCGGUGCAGCGAGCGGACCUCGGCGGGGCGGGUUUUUCUUUAACUCAAAAACUAACGGCAGUGGAGGUACACUGUAAUAAGGAGGUCCUACAGUGGAGGGGAAGCAAUGGAGAAACUCAUGGGACCCAGUGUACAAAAAUGGGCCAAUGUAGAUCCAGAAGAACGAAUGUUGGCAGCCGCUACAGCUUUUACUCAUAUCUGUGCAGGGCAGGGUGAGGGAGAUGUCAGGAGAGAUGCCCAGCCUAUCCAGUAUGAUCCCUACAGUAAAGCUUCAGUAACCCCAGGAAAGCGACCUGCUCUUCCUGUGCAACUGCAGUACCCACAUGUAGAAAGUAAUGCUGCUUCAGAAACAGUCUCCGAGGCCUCCCAAAGACUCCGAAAGCCAGUGAUGAAGAGAAAGGUGUUGCGAAAGAAGCCAGAUGGGGAAGUAUUAGUGACCGAUGAGUCGAUUAUCAGUGAAUCAGAGUCUGGUACAGAGAAUGAUAUGGAUCUCUGGGACUUAAGACAAAGGCUCAUGAGUCUACAGUUCCACGAAGAUAGGGAAUCCCCAGAUGACAUUUCACAAAAAUUUAAUUUACCACAUGAAUACCAAGGAAUUUCUCAAGAUCAGCUCAUUUGCUAUCUACGAAGAGAAGGAAUGGGCCCUCCGGCUUAUGAACAAGACCUGAUUGUUGCCAGCCGACCCAAGUCCUUUAUUCUCCCAAGGCUGGACCAGCUGAGCAGAAACCGAGGCAAGGUAGACCGGGUAGCCCGAUAUUUUGAGUACAAACGAGACUGGGACUCAAUGAGGUUACCUGGUGAAGAUCACAGAAAGGAAUUACGCUGGGGUGUCCGAGAGCAGAUGCUUUCUCGAGAACCCCAGUCCAAGCCUCAGCACAUAUAUGUUCCAAACAAUUACUUGGUGCCAACUGAGAAGAAAAGAUCUGCCCUUCGUUGGGGUGUUCGCUGUGACCUUGCAAAUGGUAUCAUGCCCAGGAAGCUUCCCUUCCCUCUUUUUCCUUCUUAAAUAUUUUUUUUAACGUCUCUUAUGGGAUUGUUUGGGGGUAACCUGGUUCUUUAUCUCUGUCCUAUUUAAAUAGAAACAACUAACUUGAAAGCCCAUGGAACAUUAUACAGUAAGGACUUCACCCAUCAUUGGUCUUUCCUAGGUGUGUACAUUGGUAUCAAAUACCACUUCACUUCCAAAUUACCACUCUCAAAUCCACUAAUUGCAAGAGAAGUCAUGCCAAAGAAAGAAAAACGGACAUAGUCUUUCCACUUUGUCAGCACCGUUUCUGUUCUCUACUGUUUUUAACCUUUGGCCAAUGUGAGUUGCUGCUUUUAAAGUUGCUGGGCAUUAAGCUUAUUCAUUAAAGAAUUGGGAUUUUGUG